GCCACAUUGAGCCCCUCGAUGUCGCCCAACAUGAUACCCGAACCCAUCAACCUCGAACCCAUCUUGAGCUAUGCCGAGACUCACAACUACCUCUCGUGCCCUCGCUCAUUGAUUCUUAUCAUGAUGGAACUGUGGAGAAUCCCUGGUUUUAACGAUCGCUCUCACCGCGGGGCCGAUUGCAACACCACGCAAGAGCAAGUCGGCAUACUACUCCAGCGAACACUAGCAUUCGAUCCAUAUGCAUGGUACUGCGGCAUCCAAUCUACUGGUCUGAAUGAAUGCGUUGAGCAACGUACGCAUAUAGCUUGUGCGCAUCGAUCAGCCGUGUGCAUUUAUCUCGCGCAAGUUUUGCCUGCUACAAGCCCGCUAAUCAAUCCAGAAAGCGACACAGCGCUUAUUAGUCUCACAGACGUUGCUAAUGACGUUCUUUUUCACAUCUCUCUUCUUAUAGCCUGUACAGAUUCUUUGUUUACCUCAAUAUGCUGGCCGCUAUUUUUGGCUGGCACCGAGUUGAAGCACGAUAGUCAGCGAGAGUGGAUUAUCAACAAGCUUGACGAGCUCUAUAACAUUAUGGCAUGGGGUUAUAUACGUACGUCGAAGCGUGUGCUUGAAGACAUUUGGCGAUAUAAGUAUUACAUAGAUAGCAAGACCUAUAACUCCGGCUUGGUUGAAGAGAUGGGUAGGCGUAAAAACGAAAUUAUUGUUGCUUAG